GUUUUGUGCCGCAACUUAAAAAGAUGGCGGCCUUUUCAACCACCCGUGAGCUCAAAGCAACUUACAACAGUGAAAACGUCAAAAGCACAAAUUUCCAGUACGAUUUGGUCUCAAAUUUAGCCGACAUGUCUUACAUGAAAUACUUCGAAAUGGAAAUUAAAAAUACAUACGAGCUAAAUAACGAACAUGAAAAAUACGAAGAGAAAAUUGAGAAAGUCUACACUUUGAUCAGAAUUCCGUUUCACCUGGAACGAUUUUUCUAUUACGGAUUUUUGCUAGCCCUAGAUUCGUUCAUGUUUGUGCUUGCCACGUUACCCAUUCGGUUGUUUUUGAUUAUCAAGUCAAUUUUAAGGCACUUUUUUCGGCCUUCAAAAAUAGGCGUUUCAUCUCGGAGGAAAAACAUUUUGGAGCCAGCUCAGAUUUGCGACGUUGUUAGAGUUCUGUUGACACUGUUUUGUUGCUGUAGUUUGCAGUGGAUUGAUUUGUCUUUUCUCUAUCAUCAGGUGCGUGGUCAGAAUGUUUUGAAGGUGUACAUUAUCUUCAACAUGUUAGAUGUGGCCGACAGACUCUUUUCCACUCUUGGACAGGAUUUGAUGGACACUGUGUUCUGGACUGCCACCAGAAUAUCACAGAUAGAACCAGUGAGCGUGUCAGCUGUGAGGGCUCUGCUGAAGUUCCUGCUGCAGUUCUACUUGGCCUUCAUGUACAUCUGUCUUCACUCUGUCAUCAUUCUACUUGAGGCCACCACACUUAACGUGGCCUUCAACUCACACAACAAGAGUCUUUUGAUUGUGAUGAUGUCGAAUAACUUUGCGGAGCUGAAGGGCACAGUGUUUAAGAAGUUCGACAAGAACAACCUCUACCAACUCACUUGUUCAGACGUCAGGGAGAGACUCCACUUAAUGGUGCUGCUGGUCAUAGUGUGUGUGCGUAAUCUGCGGGAACUGCACUGGGACGUGGUCUACUUAGGCCAGCUGCUGCCAGAGUUGGCACUGGUCGUAUUCUCUGAGAUAGUGGUCGACUGGGUCAAGCACUGCUUCAUCGCCAAGUUCAACGAGAUACCUGCCGAUAUAUACUCGGAGUACAGACUGAGUCUGGCUAUGGACUGGAUGUCGAGUAAGAAGAAGGACUCUGUGUCUGAGCACUGUGACGUAGUCACCCGCAAGAUGGGCCAUAACCCCAUCCCACUUGUCUGUGUUCUCUUCAAGACAUUCGACCAGAUUCUGUUGGGGGAUGUGUUGACGGUGUUGUGCAGCGUGGCAGUGAUUUUGCCAGUGAGUGUUGCCAUCAAAUUCACCACCAGCAUCACAGUCCUCAAACAGUCGUGCCGGAUCAUCAAAGGUCAUCGUGAAUCUCAGCGUGCUGAAACUUCAACUGCGAAGAGUCCAAGACACUCAGAGCGCAACUCGGUCAAUGCAACCCCAGUUCACAGUCAGAAUCAAACAUAUCAGGCGAACAACCCACACCAGCAGAAGACAACGACUAUCAGUGGCAGUAAUAGUGGAGUGAAUCUGCACAAUAGAUACACUCAUAGCCAGUCGUUGCCUGAUACGACUGCACAGUUGAUCACGGCGGAAGGAGACCCGGCUAAAACGGUUCUCUUCCGAGAACUAGACGAACUUCCGAGCCUCAGCCUCGACUACAUCCAGGUAACCCAAAGCAAUCCAUCAAUCAACGAAAGCAGUAAACAACGAGAAGACCUCCAACACUCGCCCGUAGAAAAUACACCUAUUUUGAGCGCCUCCUUAGAACAAUUAAAUCAAUCUGAAAUCGGACAGGGUCCACUGUUUACUGAAAAUAGUACAGUCGACUUGCCAGCGUAUCAACUGACGACUAGUGACGAUGAAAAAGACGAAAAUGAUGAGCGAUGUGAUUUGUUCAAUUUGUCGAAAUCAAAGAAGUUUUUGUCAAUUGACACAAUUGAAGCUAGCCAAUCAGAUGAUGAGUUGUUAAGACAGCAGAGUCGAGUUGUUCAUGCCAAAGCGGAAUAGUUUAUUAUAAAUUAUUCGUCCCAUUUUGUUGAUCCUAAUUUAUAUGCUUUAGAUAGUACACGAGCGAAAGGAAGUGUUAUGAUAUGGGAUGAGUUUCCCUUAUAAAAAUAACCCAAGUACACCAAACUUAUCGAAUAUCAAGUUCAAGCGCAACGUUAAGAGAGCUGGAUCACAAAAAAAUGAGUUCCCAUGUACGGUUGCCUCAGUGGCAGUACCCACGCCGUACAACCUCUGCCGCAAAUGUCAUCAAACGCAGCAUCAACACGUGUUUUUACAGUAGGAACGGAUGAAGCUAGUCAGGUCGUCACAACCCAUCUGGCACAAUAAACGAGAUCCUGCUAAUCAGAUCCGGCAUAGAAAGUUCCCCUGGGCCUGCAAUCUACACCUGCUCAACUUGUUAUUUAAGAAUAACGAGAGCACACAGAAGUGUUUGGUGCCACCUACGGGCGGGUUCACCAAUCGUGCGCAUCACUUCGUAAAACCUCGUGGUCCGAAGAUUAACUGCCAAAACUGCUCUUACUGCAAAAACAACUCACCUCUAUCUCUAUCUCAAACUCCCCAACCUAAAACCCCAACAAAUAUCAAAACACCCCAAGGAAGAACAACUAAUACGCCCCAACAAAAAACAACUAGAACGCCCCAACCAAGAACCCUCAUAAAACCCCUUUCAAGCAACCAAACAACAAAGAUUCAAACAUCAAAAUGUUGAAAAUAAACGCCAAUGGCCUGCGCCUGAAGUUAGAAAAAAAGAGUUAUAACAUUAUAAAUAUGUCUUUAAAUUCAUCAAUCAUACCGCAGAACUGGAGACUUGGAGAAAUAAUUCCACCUUAAAACGGGAAAAACAGAAGAGACGAAAAGUUACAGGCCGAUUGCACUCCUGUCUCCAGUUGCAAAGCUGAAAGAAUUUUACUAAAUGAGUUUUAAAACCUCAAACUUGCCGACCAUCAACAUGGCUUUAGGAAAAAUAGAUCCACGAACACUGCACUUAACUGCAUUGUUACUGACAUUAAAAAUGGUCUUAACCAACCGAGACCGCUGUUGAUCGCUCUUGAUCUUACCGCAGCUUUCGACAGAGUUGAUCAAGGUAUCUUGCUGCAAGACAUCCUUUCUAACUUAUCGAACAAUACUAAAAGAUGGAUCACACCAUAUUUACAAGGACGCGCUACUUAUGUAGAAGUUAGAUACAAAACCGAAAAAGCGACGAAUGAAACAACGGGUUCUUCAAGUAGGAGUAUUAUCGCCGGUCCUGUUUAAUAUCUACAUGUCCUCUAUGCCUUUCCCAUCAUCAAACAACAAAAAAUUACCACCUAUGCUGAUAACAUCACCAUUACUACAACAGGUCCUGAUAUCUCAAAACUAGAUACAACCGUCCAACCAUGUUUAAAAGAACUCUAGAACUGGAUGGAAAGUCGAAAUCUUUAACUUUUAGCCGACAAAACCACACCAACUGUCCUCACAAAUUGGAACAAACACAAAACUGAUGUCGGCAUGAAGGAGAAUUGGUUACCAACAGGCAAAAACCCAAAAUCCUGGCAACUUUUGAUAAUUUUGGUCUUUUAAAUACCACAUUAGUAACAUUAUGAACAAACUAAAAACGAGGAACAACUUACUGGAAAACUUUCUGGUACUAACUGUGGUUACAGUAUAGAAAUACUUUGUGUUACUUAUAAAGCUGUUGGACGUAGUGUUCUCAAUUAUGGUGCACAGGAAGAAAGUCGCCUUCCUCUUCGUACCAGAUACCUUCUUGCUCAACUGUGCUGCGGAUAUAACCCUCAUCUCAACAGCUACUUAUCGAGAAUCGAUGAAGACAACAAUAACUGUUUUUAUAGUCCUUGUGACGUACCUUUCCUUCUUAACUGUCCGGCCAUGGCAAUAACACUAAAAAUAGACGACCUGUGGAACCAACCUGUCGAAGUCGCAGACUGACUUCAAUUAUAAAAUCUGGACAGGAGUUUUGUAGGUUCAUCAGAAACCAACUAACAUUAGAAAUUUUUCUCGGUUCUCCGCACUAAAAAAGACUGCCCGCCAGAACCAGGCACGGGAUUUCGCUCGGUUCUCUUAAGCAAAACUGUUCCCCUAGAACAGAAGUUAACGCAGAACUGGAAUAGGGGGCUUUCCCGCUCUUAGCAAACCCUGGGAUUGCCACAAUCACUGUUUGAAAGACGAGACGAUGCGGCAAAUCAUUCUCCACAACUACGAUUGUAGCGUACUGAAAAUAAUCAAAAAAGCGAGUUGGGGCUGCAGAUGAAUCGAUGCUUGUAAGCAGCUACUAACAACGACACAAUAAUUAAUCAUAAAAAAAGACCAAUAAAAGAAACAAAAAAAAUCGUAUGUUCAUUCUUUAUCCAAAAAUUCAGCCAGAAAGAACCACACAAAACUUGCCACAUAAAUUUGUGGACAAACAGUCAAUUCAAAUUUGCAAAAAAAAAACAUUCUGAAAAACUUGAACAACGGAUUUGUUUCUCCAAAAAAAUUUGACACAUUGAAACAAUAGACUAUGCCAUCAACUUGAGUCGAUUUCGAAUGAAAUGGCUCAAUCCUAAUUGACAAUCAACAGAUAAUAAAAGAAAUUAAUUUCACGCACUUUUCGACCAAAAAAAUCAGAGCAAUGGAUCCGAAAAAAAUUGUAAAUGCUUGUAAAAAAAAUUUCAUUUUAUUUUUUCUCUACGAAAUUUUUGGAGUGGGCAAAAACUAGGAAAACAUGCAUUCAAAUUACCCUUUGGAAAAUCAAGAAAAAAUUACUGAAAAAGUCGACAAACAAAUACAGAAAUAACCUGACCCGGCGAGUAAACCGACAAAAAUUGGGACCAAAUAAAAAAAACGAUUAAAAAUCAAUUUUCAGCUGUGGACCCCAGUAUUCGUUCUUGCGGGGCAAGAAGUUUAGAAUAUCCGCGAUACCUGCACCAGGAAGGCUGAGGAUAUUGAAAUUUGGGAAAGUUAGAUUCUUCAAUUGUGAGUCUCCGAUCAGCAAGUGUUGCGACGACGAUUUCUUGAAUAUGUGAAAUCUCAUUGGUUUUCACCCAUCCACGGCUAGGAACGGACGGGACUUUGGUACUACUAUGAUAGAGUGGUCCCUCGAAAAAGCAACUAUCAUAGACAGGUCCCGCAUGCAUUUCGCAUGUUAUAAUUUUGAAAACUAAU